AUGCUACUACGACCUGCAUUGAUACGGCCACCCGUGGCCCGAGACGCGGCUUCGUUAUGCUCACAUUGCCUGUUCAGGGCCAAUGUAGUCGGCCGCGCUGCAGCACAACGACGUUUCGGGACCACAAAUUCUCAGCAAUCGAAUACCUUUAGCGGAGCAGUCGGUUCUUCUAAACUCUUGCAGAAAGAAUAUUUUGCCUCCUACGAUCCAUCAAAACGGGCAUUCAAGAAGGGUGUCUUAUCACAUCGAGGUCAUACGGCGCGCCUCAACACGAGUAGUUCAGCCAUACCCACAGAAACAAGCCGCGAUGCAAUUGCUACAGAUCACAUACAGGAGCUACCUCACAGGCGGCGGAAGAGAUUGAAGGAGGAGGAGCAGGAGGCGGCUAAAAACAAUGCCACCGAGGAACAGUUACCUCUGGAUGCUUCCGCUCAACUCUCUGCAAUUUCAUCCUCACUUCCUGCUGCUUCUCCGCGCAGAAAAAUUGCUGCGUAUCUCGCACUCGCGAAACCUCGAUUAUCCGUUUUGAUCCUCCUUUCCACAACCUCUGCUUAUGGGCUAUACCCGAUAACGACUCUCCUUGCCCUUGAUCCAUCAGUCGCCCAGCUUCCGACACUCUCUACCUCCACGCUUACAUUCCUCUAUUUGACGGCUGGCACUUUUAUAUCAUGCGCCAGUGCCAAUGCUUUCAACAUGUUUUUCGAGCCUAAGUAUGAUGCCCUGAUGUCACGAACUCGGAACAGGCCCCUUGUGCGCGGGCUUGUGUCUCGCCGUGGCGCUUUGGCUUUCGCCAUUACGGCUGGCCUCGUUGGUGUUGGACUUCUCUACGUUGGAACGAACCCCACCGUUUCCGCCUUAUCUGCGGCGAAUAUAAUUUUGUACGGUUUCGUAUAUACACCUAUGAAGAGGGUACAUGUCAUCAAUACAUGGAUUGGCGCUAUUGUGGGUGCGAUCCCGCCUAUGAUGGGCUGGGUUGCUGCCGCUGGGCAAACCGCAACAACGGGCCAUGAUACAUGGAAAGACAUGCUUUUAAGCGAGGAGAGUAUAGGUGGAUGGCUCCUGGCUUCAAUGCUGUUUGCGUGGCAAUUCCCACAUUUCAAUUCACUCUCUCAUCUCAUACGGGCAGAAUACAAAGCGGCUGGCCAUCAAAUGAUGUGUUGGGUGAACCCAGCUCGAAACGCGCGUGUUGCGCUUCGGUAUUCGGUGCUCAUGUUCCCCAUUGCAUUCGGAUUUUGGUGGAGCGGAUACGUGAACAACUGGUUCUUAGUCAGUAGUUCCUUAGCCAAUGGAUGGAUGCUGAAAGAGGCCUAUCAAUUCUGGAGACAUCAAGGUGCCAAGGGAACUGCUCGUGGUCUGUUUUGGGCGAGUGUAUGGCAACUUCCCAUCUUUCUGAUUGGUGGACUUGCCACUAAAAAAGGGGUGUGGGAUGGGCUAUGGCGAAGAAUCACAGGCGAGUCAGAAGAACUGGAGGAAGAUGAUCUGUACGAUGAUGAUGAAGGACGCGACGGAGAUGAUAAUACUAUUCCCACCAAGACGGGGAAUAUUGUAUCGCUUCCGGCUCGAACAAGAGCAUAG